AUGGACGCCAUCAGGACCCCUCUGACACAGUCGUCCCUGGUGGGUGUGGCCGAGGAUGGGGAGGUGGGAGGAGCUCAGAGGGUGGAGAUGAGGUUUGUGACAUCAGAGGCUGAGGAGGAGGUGGAGGCGGGGCCUAGCAGUGACAUCACAGCAUUGUUGCUAUGGCAUCACCAUGGUUACCGGAGAGUCGGCAUGUUCUUGUGUGUGUAUGGAGUCAUCAUCUUCACCACAGCAUUUCUAUUGGCUUACGCCGCGUUCAGUGGGCGGUACCACUGCUCCCAGGUGGGGGGCCAGGGGGAGGAUGAUGAGCAGUCAGGGGGCGGGGCUAAACCACCUGCAGAGGUUGGGGCGGGGCUGUACCUGGGAGAGCUGAGAGCGAUGAUGAAGAGGCUGCUGCAGGAGGAAGAAAUCCACAACACAGUCAGUCGCGUCAGCAGAGCGAGUCAUCCUCCGGGUUCCUCAGAGGGAACCGCUCUGGCCUCGGAGAUCCUGCGGCGCUUCAGACAGCUGCAGAUGGAUCACACCUGGACUGAGUCGCUGUACGCCACGCUGCAGUUCCCCCACAGGUCUCAGAGGAGCUCUCUGUUCCUGGUGGACUCUGCAGGACUGAUGUCAGAACAGAUUCCCCUGAACCCGUCCGACUACUGUCCUUACAGCGCCACAGGGAGUACCACGGGGGGCGUGGUCUACGCCAACUACGGCCGUCUGGAGGAUUUUAAUUGGCUGAAGAGUGUAGGCGUGUCUGUGGUUGGCUGUGUGGUGGUGAUGCGUGUCGGGGGUGGGGUCAGUUUCGCUGAGAAGGUCUGGUUGGCUGAGAGGAAUGGGGCGGGCGGAGCUUUGAUCUAUCCCGACCCCGCCGACCUGCCGCAAGACCCCCGACGUCUGGGACUGAACACACACACCGCCGUGUCCGAACACGUCCACCUGGGGUCAGGUGACCCCUUCAGCCCCGGCUUUCCCUCAUUCAAUCACACUCAGUUCCCGCCCAUCCAGUCCUCCGGCCUGCCACUCAUCCCAGCCCUGCCAAUCAGUGCCACUGUAGCCGCCAAGCUGCUCAGCCAGCUGACAGGGGCGUCCUGUCCUUCGUCAUGGCGUGGUCGGCUGCCGUAUGUACGCUGUGUGGUCGGUCCGGAGUUCACCUCCAAACGCAGAGUCAAGAUGUCGGUCCACAACGUGAUGACGCCCGUGCUGCUCAACAACAUCUUCUCGUCCCUGGAGAGCCGGGUGGAGCCAGACCAGUACAUCAUCCUCGGAGCCCAGAGGGACUCGUUGGGUCCAGGAGCCGUGAAGUCUGGAGUUGGAACGGCGAUCCUCCUGGAGCUGGCUCGAACUUUCUCUGCCAUGGUGAAGAACGGCUUCAGUCCCAGACGCAGUUUGCUGUUUGUCAGCUGGGACGCUGGAGAUUUUGGGAAUGUUGGAGCUACUGAGUGGCUGGAGGGCUAUCUGUCCAUGCUCCACCUGAAGGCUGUAGCCUACUUCAGUCUGGACCAGGCUGUCAUGGGUGAUGAUGUCCUGUCUGCCUACACCAGUCCUCUGCUGGUCGACCUGCUGGACGCUGCCAUCAGACAGGUGGAGCAUCCCAAACAUGCGGGUCAGACCAUCUUCAGCCAGGCUGAGAGAGAGGGGGGCAGCUGGAGGAUCAUGAAGCCGCUGUAUCUGAACAGUGGCGCCUACAGUUUCACGGCGUUCGCUGGAGUUCCAGCUGUGGAGCUCAGAUUUACUGAGGAGCGAGCGUACCCAUUUGUCAACACGCCGUCGGACGGCGUCUCCCGCCUACAGGAAGUGCUGGGGGGUCGUCUGGGGGUCACGGGGCGGAGCUUAGGGGAGCUGGUGGGGGAGAUGGUGCUGCGAUUGGCCCACGACCACAUCCUGCCGCUACGCAUCACUUCCUACGCCCAGACGGUGCUGCAGUUCAGCGCUCAGCUCAACAAACACGCCGCUGAGCUGCAGUCCAGAGGUUUGUCUCCUCAGUGGGUUUUCAGUGCCAGAGGAGAUUACAGCCGAGCAGCCGAGACGCUGCAGAGAGCCAUCGACUACAGCGACCUGCACGACCCGGCCACCGCUCGCUUCUACAACACUCGCAUCAUGAGGGUGGAAUAUUACUUCCUGUCUCAGUAUGUGUCGGCAGUGGAGACGCCAUUCCGUCACGUGAUCCACGGCCGCGGCGACCACACUCUGAGCGCGCUCAGUGAGCAUCUGACUCUGCUGACCUCCGACCCUGAACGCUUCGACGAGAAACGCUUCAGACGACAGCUCGCCUUCUUCACCUGGACGCUGCAGGGAGCCGCCAACGCCCUGAACGGAGACGUUUGGAGCGUACACAACACGCACACAUAGAUGAUACACACCUGAAUCACACCUGUACACACUGAUACACACCUGAAUCACACCUGUACACACUGAUACACACCUGAAUCACACCUGUACAC